AUGCAAGUUCUAGUAUGUUCUUUUUUUAUUUCUGCUCUUGUUUUGGUGACUUUUGCGCAAGUCCCAUCAUACAUUAAAGUUUGUGGACGGAAAAAUCCUCAAUUAAAUCUAUGCAUAAAAAACAGCGUCGAAUCUCUCCGGACAAAACUUCGCACAGGCAUACCCGAGCUUAAUGUUCCGGCUAUAGAAUACUUGGAAAUUGAAGAAGGAUUACCCUUAGCUAAUUCUAAUGAAAUCAAAGCCUCAGCGAAGCAAGUUAAACUUUUAGGAUUACCCGGCUUCAUCAUCAAUAACAUUAAGAUGGACCUGAAUGCUAAAUCUAUCGAUAUUGACGUAUCGUUCAAAGAAGUUCAACUGGAAGGUGAUUAUGAUGUCACUGCGAAAAUAAUUGUUCCAGUAUCUGGAAAAGGACCUAUCAAAAUUGAUGCACCAUCAUAUAUACCAAUAUGUGGUCGAAGAGAUCCAAAUUUGAACGAGUGUAUUAUAAAAAGUGUAGAUAAAUUACGUCCAAAACUACGCGAAGGAAUACCUGAGCUCAGUGUGCCUCCGGUGGAUCCUGUUUUCCUCAAAGAUGGACUUCCAUUAAGUGAUUCUCCGGACUUCAAAGCUGGAGCAUCAAAUAUUAAAAUUUACAAUGCUCUUGACUUUGAAGUUAGAGGGCUGAACGUAGAUCUUGAAAAUCAGAAAAUAGAUGUUCGUCUUUUUUUUAAAAGAUUAAGGUUGACGGGCGAUUAUGACGUAAAAGCCAAAAUCAUAGUUCCAGUUGAAGGAACCGGUCCCAUUGAAAUCGACAACAAGGACAUCGAAUCUAACUCAACAAUGGUAUACCAGUUAGUGAACACUAAGAAAGGCAAACAGAUGUUCUUCUCCAGCAUGAAAAACAAACUGAAAAUUGGGGACUACAAGUCAGUUUUUACCGCUAAAACUGGACCAACUGCUACAUUCUCUGAAGCAGUUAAUGCCGUAAUCAACGGAAAUAGACAAGAAAUCCUUGAUACCAUUACUCCUCAUAUCGAAAAAGCAGUAUCCGCAAAAAUACUUGAAAUAGCCAAUCAAAUAUGUAAAAACUUCACAUAUGACGAAUUAUUCCCCGAUCGAGAAUAA